AUGGCUAGAAGACUUGGAAGGAUUUGUAAGCGAAAAAAAUGUCUUGAAGCACAUGACAAGUUGACUGACAAUUGGGAGAAGCUAGCCACAAGCAUCAAUCUGCUAACAAUAUCUUCUUCAUAUCUUAUUCUUGCAUUGGUUCUGUUUUCUGCAAUAGUGAGCUCACAUGUAGAAGCACAAAUAAACCCACCUCCAUUAGCAAAGGGUCUAUCAUGGACGUUCCACCAGACAAACUGUCCAAAUCUGGAAGGUAUCAUCAGAACUGAACUCAUUAAGAUCUUUCAAAAUGAUAUUGGUCAAGCUGCAGGUUUGCUUCGUCUCCAUUUCCAUGACUGUUUUGUUCAGGGUUGUGAUGGAUCAGUUUUGUUAGAUGGCUCUGCUAGUGGACCAAGUGAGAAGAACGCACCACCAAAUCUCUCACUCAGACCUCAAGCGUUUAGAAUCAUUAACGAUCUACGAAGUCGCAUCCACAAAGCCUGUGGCCCUGUUGUCUCUUGUGCUGAUAUCACUGCGCUAGCUGCUCGUGAUGCCGUUUUACUGUCUGGAGGCCCAAUCUACCCAGUCCCACUAGGUAGACGCGAUGGACUCGCUUUUGCAACUCAAGCAGCAACACUUCAGAACUUGCCUCCUCCUUCCGCAAAUACAAGUGCACUUAUCACAGCUCUGGCUGCUAAAAACCUCGACACUACUGAUCUCGUAGCACUAUCUGGUGCUCACACAAUCGGUAUCGGAAAUUGCGGAUCCUUCACAAGUCGAUUAUACCCUACCCAAGAUUCCACCAUGGACCAGACCUUUGCAAACUACCUUAAAGUCACAUGCCCAAAAGCUGACACUUCCAAUACUACAGUACUCGACAUUCGAUCACCAAAUGUAUUUGACAACAAGUACUAUGUGGAUCUCAUGAACCGUCAAGGUCUCUUCACUUCUGAUCAAGAUUUGUUUAUGGAUGCAAGGACCAAACCCAUUGUGACUAGUUUUGCCGUGAAUCAGAAUCUGUUUUUCGAGAAGUUUGUGUUCUCAAUGAUCAAGAUGGGUCAAUUAAAUGUAUUGGCUGGUAACCAAGGACAGAUUCGAGCCAAUUGUUCUGCCCGAAAUCCGUCCUCUUCAUCCUACUUGUCCUCAGUGGUUGAUGAAGUCGAAGAUCACCAUGACAUAAUAAGUUUUGUUUGAUUUCAUGUUAUAUGUAUGAUCAAGUGGGAAUUAGUUAUUCUUCCCAUUGGUCUGUCUAAUAAAACACAUUAAUUAUCUGAUCUGCGUAAGAUAAUCACUUCUUUGGGCUUUUGUUGAAUUGGAAAGUAGGUUUGAUUGUA